ACCAUCAUAUCGGUAUUAUCAAGCUUUGUAUCUCAAGAAUCCCGCACAGCGUUUCAGUCGAGAAGUUAAGAUUGGUGAUGGUGUAGUGGUCGCAAGUGGUGAAUCGCAACAAGAUUUUUAUCUUGCAAAAGUCGAUCUUUUUUUUGAUGAUGGUGAAGAAAAGUGUGCAAUUGUAACUUGGUACUUCCGAAGCAAUGAGAUUCCUAGAAAAAAAAUUCCGAAUGGAUUGUAUGAGAAUGAGGUUUUCUUGUGUUCUGCCAAAGCAGAGAAUGUUAUAGACGUGGAAACAAUUAUGGAUAAAUGUUCCAUAAUAUAUUCACCUUCACCUAUUAUAGAUACAUCAGUUGAUAAUGAAGAUCACACGUUUACUUAUUUUUAUCGGAAAUCAUUCAAUGGAACAAAAUUAACAACUUUGCAUCAUCCAGACAAUAAAAAAACUCAAGUGAAAAAAAUGCGGAGAGCAAAAGACGACACUGCAAUUAAAAGUAAACAGAAAAAAGAAGUGAGUAAAAUUGAUCAGAGACCGCCACUGAAACCAACUGAAAAUACAACAACACCAGUUAAAGAAAAACGUAACAUUGAUGACUCUGAGCAUCUUGUUGUAAAGAAUCCUCUCACGUCGCCCAUCAGUGCAUCUGGUAUUGGAUUAUUAGAUGCAAGUUCGGCCGCUCUUAAUUUAUUGGGAAGUGAAAGUGACACUGAAGAUGGCAAAAGCCAAACUACAGAAAACGUAAAAUCACAAAAUCGGAAAUCUGUGACAAAGAAUAAAUUGAAACAAAUUCAAGACGAAGCAAAAGUAACUCCACUAAAGAUUGAUAAAACUACAAUGAAAGUGAUUUCCAAAAAAAAGUUGCUUGUCCAUGUUGUAGCAACAAGAGAAUUACCAGCUGUAAAUAAAUCAAGUAAAAAAGAGGAUAAAACUUGUGCAAGGAAAUCUGUGAGACUUUCUACAAAAAAGCAAGUUCCUGAAAAGAGCAAAUCUAGGUCAUCAAACAGAAUAAAAAGCGCCAAGAAGGAGAAAAAAUAUGAUUCUGAUGAAUCAAAUGUUUCUGAAAGUUUAAGUGUCAACAGUGAAUCUUCAACAAAUAAAACCAAAAGUAACCUUCGUAGAUCUACGCGGUUAUCAGUUUAUCAACCCAAGAAGCUUGAAGAUGAAUUUGAAGACGAUCUUUCAGAUGAAGAUGUUAACUUUGAUGGAACAAAACAUGUGCCAUCUUCCUCCUCCAGUGACGAGGGAGAUGAUGAUGAAGAGGAAGAAGUUGUAAAAGUACGUACAAAAAGAAGAAAAUCUACCAUGAAGAAAUCAAAUACAGUUACUCCCAUUUGCAUCAAGCUGCCAAAGGAACGAACUCCAUAUAUCCCAAAACGUAAAACUGUGGUGAAAACAGCAGAAAAUACAUUUGAUGAAGCACAAAAGAGAUUGCAUGUUUCUGCUGUCCCUGAAUCCCUCCCGUGCAGAGAAGAAGAAUUUCAAUCGAUAUUUUCUUUUAUUGAAGGAAAGAUUAUAUCGGGAACAGGGGGAUGUAUGUAUAUAAGUGGUGUACCAGGCACGGGUAAAACAGCUACAGUGAUGGAGGUUCUUUCAGCACUUCGUCAAUCGGUUGAUGACGGAGAUUUGGAGGAUUUUGAAUAUAUUGAAAUCAAUGGAAUGAGAUUGACGGACCCUCGCCAGAUAUAUGUGCAAAUAUUAAAGAAAUUGAUGGGUUUCAAGGCCACACCCAACCACGCUGCACAGCUUCUAACUAAGAAGUUCAAUCAACGCGGGAAGAAAACGGUUUUGAUGUUAGUUGAUGAAUUAGAUUUAUUAUGGACAAGAAAACAGGACGUGAUGUACCAUCUGUUUGACUGGCCAUCACAUAGACAUGCAAGGCUUAUCAUCAUAGCGAUAGCGAACACAAUGGAUUUACCUGAGCGAAUUAUGAUGAAUCGUGUCUCUAGUAGACUUGGGUUAACGAGGUUAUCUUUUCUUCCGUAUAACUUUAAACAAUUACAAAACAUUGUGAACUCACGAUUAAGUGGAGUUGAAGCUUUCGAAGGCGACGCGAUUCAACUCGUGGCAAGGAAAGUGGCCGCUGUGUCCGGUGAUGCACGACGUUGCCUCGAUGUUUGUCGCAGAGCUAUAGAAAUAGCAAGUCGAGAACAAAGAUCAAGCAAAAGUGUGAAGCUAGCAGGCAUUAAACAUGUACAUGACGCACUACAAGAAAUGUUUUCCUCUCCCUAUGAUCAUAUUUAUCAGAAAUGCGUCGACACAAGAAAAGAUCUUUUUACGAGCAGUUGUUGCUGAAUUUCGAAGAUCUGGUCUUGAAGAAGCCACCCUUGGUCAAGUGGUUCAACAUCAUAAUGCACUUACUAAACUAGAUGGGCUACAGCCUGUUCCAGUUACAACUAUAGUAAAGGUGUGCAACAAACUAUCCAUGGCUCGUGUUUUGAUGUUGGAGAUGGGAAGAUAUGACCUGUUAGCAAAACUUCGAUUAAAUGUUAGCAUGGACGACGUUUUAUUCGCUUUGUCUUUCGAUUCGUAACAUUGGUGCUUUUAAGAUUUCUAAAUGGCUAUUUUUGUAUUACUUUUUUUUGUGAUAUUAGUUCAGAUCGUACAAAUUGCAAAAAUUAUGUACUCAAUGCAAUCAUAGUGUUAAUGCACAUAGCCAAUUUCCUAGUUUGCAAUUUUUAGGUUUGUUUGGUUUAUAUUAUCUGUAAUAACACCGCCAACAUAUGACAUAUGCACAUUAUGUUGGUAAUUGACCACAUGCCACAGUGUUUUAUUGGAUUUAUAAAACUGAUCUUUUUGCUUUUGUUUAUAGAUUAUAGAGAAUAAAAUCUCUGUAUACCAAAACACAUUUGUAUGGUAAGAUCAUGAUAUAGUUAAUAUACUAAUUAUUGCAUGCAUUAGCAAGUUGCUCAGCACAGAAUACAGACAUUAAA